GUUGCUUAGGCCUGGCGGGGGGUCAAUUUAGGCCCGGCGGCCCGCCGGUCUUGCAAUACACUGGCGGAAACCCUGUUCAUGCGUCUGUCAAUUAUGUGCCCGCAGGUCAGCCAGCCUGCAUUUUUAACCAGGGUAGUAUGUUACUGCAUGUCAGUACUGUGUCCUUCAGCUGAGAUGUUAAACCAAGGUCCUGACUCUCUCCACUUAUUAAUCGCCGAAGCAUUUCUCAAGACCCCCUAGUGUCCUGGUUAAAUUCUCACCAAAACCAGAUUUCCACAUCUGGCGUUUUAACAUACAUUAUAGUCCCUUAUAUCUGAUUCGUGACACAGUCUCAUACCCACAUUGAUCCCUAGCCCCUCCCUCCCUCCCUCCUGCAGUCCUGCAGUGCUGCAGUGCAGGCAGUGUGGAGCGGGUUUCUCGCACAAUCAACGGCUUGUUGAGUACAUUUCAUUGCAGGUCUGUGUUAAUUAAAGACUUCAGUGGCCACUGCUGACUUUACAGUAGGCUGAAAUUGAGCUACCUUCCUGCGUAUUUCCUGUGUAUUUCCACUUGCGUUUGUGCGUAGAAUGUUAUUUGUGUUCAAGUGCACGGUCAGUAAAGUCAAUGCUACGCCUUCCACACAGCGAGUCACAGCACCUUGUACACAUUCAUUCAGUGUGUAAUGUCUGCCCCCUGCAACACAGCCUUAUCCACGUGACGUGUGGAGAACCUGGGCAGUCUGCGAGUGGUUGCUUGCUCAUUCCAGGGACGCCCGUUCCAGUGCCCGGUCUGCGGGGACAGCUUCAUCCAGUCUCACGCCCUGCUCAACCAUCAGCGCCGCCAUGUCCGCCAGUCUCGCUACACCUGUCGAGAUUGCCCCCGCACCUGCCAAACCUUGGCUCAGCUUCUGGCGCAUCGCCACACCCACCUACCUGUCGGCCAUCCGCUGCCCACACCUCCAGCAACCGCUGAAGGACCUCGACCGCCAUCCGUCUCCUCCCUGCAGUGUCCGCGGUGUUUCAUCACCUUCCGGGACCUGCAGACCAGCCUGCAGCACAUGCGCCUGCAGCACCCCGCUCUCUACGAUGGUGAGAUGCCGUCUCCUCCCUGCAGUGUCCGCGGUGUUUCAUCACCUUCCGGGACCUGCAGACCAGCCUGCAGCACAUGCGCCUGCAGCACCCCGCUCUCUACAAGCGCCGGCUGCGGGCCCGCACCGUCUUCGCCUGCCGCCGCUGCGAACGCACCUUCCCCUCCUCCCGCCAGCUCUCCACCCACCAGCGAGCCCACCGCCAGGGCCGGGAAGCAGGCCGGGAGGAGGGGGAGGGGCAAGAGGAAGAACGCCAAGAUGCCCAGCCCACAUCGCCCUCCCUGCUUCCCCUUCCUGACCGGCACAAGUGCCCACACUGCAACUUCCUCUUCAGAGAUGCUAAGACCAAAAUGCGCCACAUGAACGUCAAGGACCCCACAGGCUGCCCCCUGCCCCCUCCACUGUUCUUCUCUACAGGAGACGAGGAGAGGGAGGAGGAGGAGGAAGUGGUGAUGGCGGUGCAGGUUAAAGAGGAGGAUGAGGGUGAGGUAAAGCAUGAGGAAGACGAUUUCUCCACAGCUCUCCGUCACCGUGGCAACCUGAAUCCAGCCUCACUGCAUCAGGGCGAGGGCAAGGAGGGCGUGGUCAAGGUGCCAAUCAAGCCUGAUGCAGGAGACGUGAGAACGAAAGAGGAGACGAUAGAGGGAGUCUGCGAGUGCGCCCUCUGCGGGAAGGGGUUCGAGCAGCUGCUCGCCGCGGCCGGGCAAAGGCGCCGUGGCCGGCGCAGGGAGCACUCUGCCCCCCCGGGGGCCCGGGGCCACGCCUGCGGGCACUGCAGGCAGCUGUGUCACAGCCAGGAGGCGCUGCGGCAGCACCAGAGGCUGCACACGCUGGAGCGGCCCUACCUCUGCCAGCAUGGGCGCAGUGUGGGCCUGGUAUGUGCCUUUUUGGAGGCGAGGAUUGCGGGAACACUUUUAAAAGGGCUUCGGGGCUCCAAAGGCACAGAAGCAUCCACACCCAGGUCCUCUAUAGUGCGACCACCUCCACCCAACCUGCUCCUGAGCUCCAGGACAGACUGUCUCCUCCCGUCCCACAAAUCCACUCGGUUCCUCCGGCCGAACGGGCGCCUGCGGUCUUCCUGUUCGGGCUGCUUGUGUCCUGUUCUCACGGCACGUCCUCCGCGCGGCCUCAGACCAAGGGGUGUCCAGAUACUUGGCUUAUACAAGGAGUAUCAUUCUCCAUACUACCCAAUGUGCCUGCCCAAUUUGAUUUUGUUUUUCUUUUUACUUGAAUAUAUUUUCAUCAUAUUUCAUUACAUGUUGUUUUUUGGAUCAUGGGACCUUUAUGUAUAUUUACAGAAAAUAUAAUAUUGUUUAAAAAUUGGUCAGAGUUUCUGCCAACUGUACUGCAUGCCACAUAUUUAGUUCUAGAUCUAGUUUUAAACCCUGACCAAUAUAUAAAUAAUUAUUUCUCAUGGCAAUUAUAAAGUGGCACCCAAGUGUGGGACAUUCUUAUUUUAUUAUUUUCUGCUUUUUAAGUAACUGUUUU